CCACCAACCAACCACCAUCACCACAAAAAAAGGAAGAAAAAAUAAUACGAGAGGAUUAUUCAGAUGGACGACGAUCGGGAAGUCUCAAGACUGCAUCGAGUCAACCGGACCAUCAAAGAACUCGUCCGCGAUCGGGGAUACGAAGUCUCGGACGCGGAAAUCAACGUGUCUUUGGACGAAUUCAAAGCUUCCGAUCCGAUCUCCAACAAAUCCACUCGCUUGAACUUCGCCGCGAUCAAUCCAGAAACUAACCAAGGGAUUUAUGUGUACUAUUCGGAUGAGAAGUCCGUCGGAAUUAAAACGAUGAGAAAAUUCAUUUCGAUUCUUGAUGAAAAGAAGCUAGAGUCAGGGAUCCUGAUCUAUUCGCAAGCGAUGACGCCGUCGGCGAACAAAGUGAUCGCCUCGAUGGCCCAACAGUUCACCCUGGAAGCCUUCCAGGAAGCCGAAUUAUUGGUCAACAUCACCCGACACAUCAUGGUUCCCAAGCACGAAGUCAUGAAACCCGAAGAGAAGAAAGCCUUGUUGGCACGAUAUCGGUUGAAAGACACCCAGUUACCCAGAAUUCAACUCAGUGAUCCCGUCGCUAGAUAUUACGGUCUGAAACGUGGACAAGUGGUCCGGAUCACCAGGCCUUCUGAGACUGCUGGAAGAUACGUCAGUUAUCGUCUAGCCAUGUAACACAAUCCUCCGUUUUUUUGUCGUCCCCAUGAUCUCUAUGGCUGGGUGAAAUCGAUCCAUCCUGUGUUUUCUUCUCGGUCAUAAUCACCUGGAGGCUUUUGUAUAGUAUCUCGUAAAACUGCUUCGUUCACUUUUUUUUUUCUCAAAAACAAAACUCCGUAAUCCAAGAAACUUUUGAUA